CUGAUAUUAAAAUAGAAGCUAUAGAGGGAGAAGAAGAGAUGUAUGUGACUGAUAUAAAGGCAGAAGAUAUAGAGGGAAAAGAAGAGACGUAUGUAACUGAUAUAAAGGCAGAAGAUAUAGAGGGAGAAGAAGAGACGUAUGUGACUGAUAUAAAGGCAGAAGAUAUAGAGGGAGAAGAAGAGACGUAUGUGAGGGGUGAUCAGCAGUGUAAGGAGGAGGAGAUCCCUACAGAUAUCAGCACAGCAGAUGGACACACAAGCAGGAAUAUCUCAGAAGGACAUAUAAUGUUAUCCCCGGAUUGUGACAUAAAAGAUAAUGACAGUAUACAGGAUUCUCCAGGAGCUAAUCCCAUCACCCCAAUUAUACAUCCAGCUCUAUCAGCUGAUCCCUCUGAUCCUGGGAAAUGUUCUCCUGAUCACUCUGAUAUUGGUGCAUCUGUUACAGCUCUGACAGUAGAUACAGUGUUUCCCUGUUCUAUAGAUGCCAAAUGUUUUACACAGAACACAAAGCGUAUUAACCCACACACAGGUAAGGCAGGUGGAAGGCCACUGAUAUGUUCUGAGUGUGGGAAAUGUUUUACAUACAAAUCACAACUUGUUAUACAUCAGAGAAGUCACACAGGUGAGAAGGCAUUUCCAUGUUCUGAGUGUGGGAAAUGUGUUACACAAAAAUCCCAACUUGUUACCCAUCAGCAAAGUCACACAGGUGAGAAGGCAUUCCCAUGUUCUGAGUGUGGGAAAUGUUUUGCACACAAAUCAGCUCUUGUUAUACGUCACAGAAGUCACACAGUUGAGACGCUGUUUUCUUGCUCUGAGUGUGGGAAAUGUUGUGUAAGUAAAUCACAUCUUGUUAUACAUCACAGAAGUCACACAGGUGAGAAGCCAUUUCCAUGUUCUGAGUGUGGGAAAUAUUUUAAAUACAAAUCAGAUCUUGUUGUACAUCAGAGGAGUCACACAGGUGAGAAUCUGUUUUCUUGCUCUGAGUGUAAAAAAUGUUUUACACGGAAAUCAGAUCUUAUUACACAUCAGCGAAGUCACACUGGUGAGAAGCCAUUUCCAUGUUCUGAGUGUGGGAAAUGUUUUUCAGACAAAUCAAAUCUUACUAAACAUGAAAGAAGUCACACAGGUGAGAAGACAUUUUCAUGCUCCGAGUGUGGGAAAUAUUUUACACGGAAAUCACAUCUUGUUACACAUCAGCAAAGUCACACAGGUGAGAAGCCAUUUCUAUGCUCUGAGUGUGGGAAAUGUUUUACACAGAAAUCAGAUCUUGUUAAACAUCAGAGAAGUCACACAGGUGAGAAGCCAUUUCCAUGUUCUGAGUGUGGGAAAUGUUUUACACAGAAAUCAGAUCUUGUUAAACAUCAGAGAAGUCACACAGGUGAGAAGCCAUUUCCAUGUUCUGAGUGUGGGAAAUGUUUUGCACACAAAUCAUAUCUUGUUAAACAUCAGAGAAGUCACACAGGUGAGAAGCCAUUUCCAUGUUCUGAGUGUGGGAAAUGUUUUACACAGAAAUCAGAUCUUGUUAAACAUCAGAGAAGCCACACAGAUGAGAAGCCAAUUUUAUGUUCUGAGUGUGGGAAAUGUUUUGCACGGAAAUCAGUUCUUGUUAUACAUCAGCGAAGUCACACAGGUGAGAAGCCAUUUCCAUGUUCUGAGUGUGGAAAAUGUUUUGCACGGAAAUCAGUUUUUGUUAUACAUCAGCGAAGUCACACAGGUGAGAAGCCAUUUCCAUGUUCUGAGUGUGGAAAAUGUUUUGCACAGAAAUCACAUCUUGUUAAACAUCAGCGAAGUCACGCAGGUGAGAAGUCAUUUCCAUGUUCUGAGUGUGGUAAAUGUUUUGCACACAAACUAUAUCUUGUUAGACAUCAGAGGAGACACAGGUGAGAAGCCAUUUCCAUGUUCUGAGUGGGAAAUGUUUUGCACGGAAAUCAGUUCUUGUUAUACAUCAGAGAAGUCACACAGGUGAGAAGCCAUUUCCAUGUUCUGAGUGGGAAAUGUUUUUCACGGACAUUAGUUCUUGUUACACAUCAGAGAAGUCACAAAGGUGAGAAGCCAUUUCCAUGUUCUGAGUGGGAAAUGUUUUUCACGGACAUUAGUUCUUGUUACACAUCAGAGAAGUCACAAAGGUGAGAGGCCAUUUCCAUACUCUGAGAAAUAAGCUUUUGUUGCACACAAUAGACCACUCAGGUGAGAAACCAUUUUAAUCUUCUGGAGUAUACUUAUCAUUGCCAUGUAAUGUUCCUCAAGAUUCUGUCCUAUCUCUUGUGCUUUUUGCAAUAUACAUGCAACAGGUCCUUCUGAUAGAACCUCACCAACAAAGGGCAGGGCUACAGCUCAGCUUUGCAAACCAACCAGACUUAAGCAUGGGGGUUCAGAGUAACAAAAUGCUGAUCAUGGCCCUCAUUCCGAGUUGUUCGCUCGCAAGGCGAUUUUAGCAGAGUUGCUCACGCUAAGCCGCCGCCUACUGGGAGUGUAUCUUAGCAUCUUAAAAUUGCGAACAAUGUAUUCGCAAUAUUGCGAUUAGCACACCUCUUAGCAGUUUCAGAGUAGCUUCAUACUUACUCGACAUCUGCGAUCAGUUCAGGGCUUGUCGUUCCUGGUUUGACGUCACAAACACUCCCAGCGUUCGCCCAGACACUCCCCCGUUUCUCCGGCCACUCCUGCGUUUUUUCCGGAAAC